AUGAAUUUUCAAAUUUAUCUAAAAAUAUUCUUGUUUAGUAUUCUGCUAUCAAAUGCAAGUUCAACACAGACAAUUGAAAAUGCAAAUUUAACUGAUACAAUUGAUAUGACAAAAGAUGAUAACUUAAAUACAACAGAAAAUAAUAAUCGCCACCAAGAUGAAUCAAUCCAAGUAGAGGAACAGUCAGAAAGAGAUAACACAAAUAAUUAUAUUCAAAUUAUCAAUCUUACAUCAAUCUAUAACUAUUUUAUAAAUAGCAAACCUUUUUAUAGCUGGCUUAAGUGGGUACUUAUUCCAAUGUUUGCUAUUUUUACUGUUAUAUCAGUUUUCUGUAUUUUGUAUAGUAAAAAAGAAAAUGUGUCGACUUUUAAGUACAUCGAAUGGAUAUCUAUUUUAAUAUUUUCUAUAGUUUCUUAUAACUUUUUCUUUAAUACUGCUAUUUACUGUAAAUCAGCACGUAUAAGCAAAUUAAAUAAUUAG